UUUCGCGUGCCCACCCCCCUCUCUGCAGCAAGGGCGGCCAAAAAUAAAAGAUCAGAGAAAAUGACCCUAGACCACUUUAACCCCGGGGGUCCCGUCAUCCUCAAGUGGGACCCCAAAAACCUCGAGAUUCGCACCAUGUCGGUGGAGAAGACUCUCGAGCCGUUGGUCAUUCAGGUCACGACCCUCGUCAACACCAAAGGCCCCUCCAAGAAGAAGAAAGGGCGGAGCAAGCGUGCCCACGUGCUGGUGGCGGCAGUGGAGGCAGCCACACGGAACUUCAUUGAGCGCGGGGAAGAGAUCGCCUACGAAAACCCCGACAUUAAGGGCGAGAUGCUGGGGGCUGUCGAGGAGGUUCGCAAGACAGGUAGGCUUUUUUUUAUAAGUGCAGGAUCUUUGAAAUUGGUACGAGACCCAAAUGUGGAGGAUGAUUUGGAGAAGGUCAAGAAUGCCUCCAGCCAGUCAGAGCUGCUUGACAACUUCCGUCUGUUUGGCAAGAACACAAGUGACCUCAUCAACCAGGCAGCGAAGCGCCAGAACGAACUGAAGGACCCGAGGCUCCGUGACGACCUUGCCUCAGCCCGCGCGGUGCUCAAGAAGAACUCCAUGAUGCUCCUAACAGCCUCCAAGGAACGUAUCAACAUGGACCCCCUGACCUACAACGAAGUGCGAACCCGUCCUUCCCUCGAGGAACGUCUGGAAUCCAUCAUCAGCGGGGCGGCCCUCAUGGCGGACUCAUUCUGCACAAGAGACGACAGGAGGCUCAAGAUCGUCGAGGAGUGUAACGCCGUGAGACAGGCCCUCCAGGACCUGCUGACAGAAUAUAUGGAUAAUAUGGGACGCAAGCAGCCCUCUGAAAAUCUGGACAAGGCAAUUGAUCACAUGUAUCGCAAGACCAAGGACCUUAGACGUCAACUGCGUAAAGCCGUAGUUGAUCACGUUUCAGAUAGUUUCUUAGAGACAAAUGUACCACUGCUAGUGUUAGUUGAAGCUGCAAGGAAUGGCAACGAGAAGGAAGUGGAGGAGUACGCUCAGGUCUUUACUGAACAUGCAAACAAGCUAGUGGAGGUUGCAAACUUAGCCUGCACCAUGUCCAACAAUGAGGAUGGUGUGAAGAUGGUGCGCUAUGGUGCAGCGCAGAUAGAACACCUCUGCCCUCAGGUCAUCAAUGCUGCUCGCAUUCUUGCAGCUCGGCCCAAAUCCAAGGUUGCUCAGGAGAACAUGGAUGCCUUUAAGGAUGCCUGGGAGAACCAGGUGCGCAUCCUUACAGAGUCGGUGGAUGAUAUCACAACCAUUGAUGACUUCCUUGCUGUUUCAGAGAGUCACAUAUUAGAGGACGUGAAGACAUGUGUACGAGCCAUCAACGAAGGCGACCCUGACACUCUAGACCGCAUUGCUGGUGCUAUCCGGGGCCGGUCCGCCCGUGUGUGCCAUGUGGUUGCAGCAGAAAUGGAUAACUAUGAGCCCUGCAUGUACACUGAUCGAGUCUUGGAGGCAGUGAAGGUGUUGAGAGACCAGGUGCUGCCAAACUUUGCCCAGCGCGUGGACGUGGCAGUUGAGGUCCUAAGUAGCACGCCAGGCAAAGAGGUGGACGAGAACGAGUUUAUUGAUGCCUCGCACUUGGUGUAUGACGGCGUGCGAGAGAUCCGCAUGGCUGUUCUGAUGAAUAAGGCCGACGAUGAGUUAGAUCCUGAUGACGUGUUGAUGGAUGAGUACCACACUUUGGAGAUCAGGAGCAAGUCGAGUGCACACACUGUGGACACAACCAUUGACGAGUACCCGGGUGUCAGUGGCAUCACGACGGCCAGAGACGCCAUGAGGAACCUGAGUGAGGAGGACAAGGACAAGAUUGCCCAACAGGUGGAGAACUUCCGGUUGGAGAAGGUCAAGUUCGACCAGGAGGUGGCCAAGUGGGACGACACAGGCAACGACAUCAUUGUCCUGGCUAAGCACAUGUGCAUGAUCAUGAUGGAGAUGACAGAUUUUACCAGGGGUCGAGGACCACUCAAGACUACCAUGGACGUCAUCAAUGCUGCAAAGAAGAUUUCAGAGGCAGGCACAAAGUUGGACAAGCUCUCCCGUCAGAUUGCCGACCAGUGCCCUGAGUCACGCACCAAGGAUGACAUGUUGGCAUACCUUGACCGCAUUGCUCUCUACUGCCACCAGCUCAACAUCACCUCCAAGGUCAAGGCUGACGUACAGAACAUCUCUGGAGAACUCAUUGUGUCUGGGCUGGACUCCGCCACCUCCCUCAUUCAAGCAGCUAAGAACCUUAUGAAUGCUGUGGUCCUGACUGUCAAAUGCUCCUAUGUGGCCUCCACCAAAUACCCACGGCAAGGAACCAUCGCAUCGCCUAUUGUGGUGUGGAAGAUGAAAGCUCCCGAGAAGAAGCCGCUAGUGAGACGCGAGAAGGCAGAGGACGUGCGGGCCAAGGUGCGCAAGGGAAGCCAGAAGAAGCAAGUCUCAGCCCUCAAGGCGCUCGCCGAGUUCCAGAGUCCAGCGGACGCAAUCUAGGGUUCCGAUUUCCUCCCGUAGGUCCAAAGGUCUUAGCAGAAGUAAUCGUGCGCGCACUUGUUAACUUCGCCAUGUAAAUGAUAGGGAGUUUCUUAAGUUUAUCAGAUGUUUGUUUUUGAACAGUUGUCCCUAAGAUGCCUCUGGCUCUGUCUGUGGCCGGAAAGAGGCAGAAUUUCUCUGGGAUUUGUUAUGUUCAUCUUUCCUUUCUCCCUCCUCCCUUUCCCUAGCCCAUGGGUUCUUCCCUCCCCUCAGAUGUAUGGGUGUUAGGCAGCUGAUUUAGCAUCACAAGGGAAAUGCCAGCAAGUUAAAUGUUAUAUAAUGGCAGGAAUGGCACGGAAAGAAAUAGGAGAAGGAAAGGGGACAAGACUAGGAAGAGAAGGGGAGGGAGGACUUAGAAUAGAGAUAGAAUAAUCAUGAAUUGCUAAAUAUGAGAUUGUAAUUGUAAAGAAACAUGAGGGGAAAAUAUGAAGAAAGAGAGGGAGGUAGUAAGGAAAAUAGAGAUAGAUUAAAAGUGAGAGAAAAAAUAUGAGAUUUGAAUGGUCUUUCAUCAACUUUCAUUCUUUGGAUUAAGAAAUCUGUGAUUUUCACUCUCACUGAUGGUAGUUGAAAUAGAGAAUUUGUGUGUUUGAGCAGAAUUCUUGGGAAAAAAAAGUAUAAAAUAAUUGGAAUUCAGUUUCAUCUUGUUUGGCGUUUUGAAUGUUCCAUAUAUAUUUGUCAGAUGUGAAGAAAGAUUCUAGGGGUCCCAAGAGAUUAAGAUAAAAAGAAAAAAAGAGAAAGUGAAAAUGAUCAUAUUCCUCAGAUUCUCCCUCGUCAGCUCUUGUUGUGUUGCAGUUUGCACCUCAUGAGCGAUGGAAUGCUUGCCAGUGUAGAGUAGGAAGGCAUUAUUAGUUUCAGAUUUUAUAAAGAUAAUCAAUCACCCAAAAUUACCUCCACACUAUUGUUAUUUAAAAAAAGAGAGAGAAAAAAAACAUGUAGAGUGAUGUUCAAGCUUAAAAAGAGAAAACGAAAAAAGGUUAAAGCCCCUUUUUUCGGUCUCUUUUGACGUACUAUGAGAGCAAAAAUAAAAAUAAAAGAAAACGGGCCAUUUUGCGGUCUUGUUCCAGUUCUCUCUUAUUGAGACCAUUAAAUAGUACAUGAUUGUGUAGAGAUGAUGAUUCGUAUCUGAAGUUGUGGAUUUAUUUGUUUAUCUUUUUUUUUUUAGUCUUAUUAUUAUUUCUUAAUUGUAUUUACUUUUAUAUAUGUUUUCUAAAACUGAUGUGCUGCCCCAAUAUUAUAUAGUGACAGCACAGUAGCAUCCUUAUUGUUAUAGUUACUAAUAUAAGUUCUGUGAUUAUUACAUAUUCAUAAUUAUUAUAAUUAUCAGUAUUUUAAUUGUUGCUUAUGUAAAGUAUAUAUAUAUAUUUUUUUUCAUGUUCAUUGCCACUUGAAGUAUUGCCAUUUUUAUUUAUUAGCUUUUUAGACUUUUGAGUUACUGUUCCUAAUUGAUUAUUGUAUAAAAGGACAUUCAUAGUUUGUCAUUUGUUGUGUUAGUUAUAUCAUCGCUACACGAGUGUUGAAAGGAACCAAUAAAAUCAAUAAAAGAUUUUUAGAACUUACGAGGACCAAGAAAAACAAGAAAGAAAGAAACUACCAUGUACUUGGUAGAAGACAAAGUAACUAUGUAUAGUCGUCCAGUCUUGGACAUUUUAUGUAGGAUGUCCACAAGGGUAAAUAUAAAAUAAAAAGGUAUUUGUUAUAUAUACCUACAUACUGUGCGUAUACAUAUAUGAGUAUAUAUAUCUAUACGUUAUAUUUCUGUGUGUGUAGAAUGAACUGCACAGUCAGGUAAAAUCCAAAGAGAAUGUGGCAGUUUUUGCAAUAAUUCAUGUUUGUUUAAUUAUAAGACUUACUAUUCCAAUGGUAUACAUAGAAAAAAAGAAGAAAAAAAAAACA